AGAUUACCACUACCCUCCCGCAUAUUGCGAGCUACUCCAUUCUUCUUCUUCAUGUGCCGUGGAGUGUAGAGGUAGAUCUUUCGAAACACGUGCAUGAGCAAGUAAAUGUAGAGUCAGUGAGCAUUGCAGAUUCUACAUUUACAGACAUAUAGAUGUAGUACUAGAAGCGGUUGUAGCUCUUCGUCAGACACGAGUCGUGGAGAGCACACCUUUCGCGAGCCCUGCGACUCCAGGGAUCGGAGGGAGAGGGAUAUGAGGACAAUGCCUUCCUCACUCUUGUUUACGGAAAUUCUCCUAGACAUAAGUACUCCUUGUUCUUUCACUCCAAAUCUGAAAUUUCUCUCAUCGAUCCUUGCCUGUAGUUUGUUCGUAGCAUGCGCGUUUUCAAUGAUGUUCUCGGACGAGUUCUCCUUCUCCUGUUAUAUUAAAGAUUAAGAUUUAAUAUUACCGAAGAUCUAGUUGUUCCUCUUCACAACUUCUAAUAACCCGUUGCCUCGACAAGUAGCGGACGCGCCUCUCGGAGGACUCUACAUCUUUUGUAUUCGUGCAGAUGCAGCAGACAACGAGACCAGUGCUAGCCCUCUUGUGCCAGUGGGAAAGCAGCGGACUCAGCAUAUUAUGCAUAGUUCGUGUUAGUGGUCAUGUGUGUACAAAGAGAUCUUUGAUUACAGAGGCCCUCAGAUGAAUUUGAAUAACGUGGACGUUAUAGGAGAAUAUGGGAUAGCGAUAGUGAAGAAGUAUUCAUCUGUGUACAAAGAGCUUGAUCGUAGCGGACGGUUAAGGGGGGUCUGUUCUCCUGACCUCAUAUUGCUCAGACUACGAAAGACAUUUUCUCUAAUCGUUGCAGUCCAUUUCCUUUACUCAUUGUUGGAUUUUGCAGUCUACUGUGUACGUCUUACGUGAAUUUCAGAUCUGGUGGAGCGUUUCGGCAGGUCAUCGAUUACACCUCAAGAGCAGGGGCUUUGACUCUUAUGGCAUUAUUCGUUGUAAUUACCUCUUUCAUUCAGGGCAACGUCAAGUAGAAGAAGGAUGAGAAUAAGUCCUCUCGCUCUAGCUAUGCGAAAACAUCUAAGUCGAAAAAUGAUAAUGAUCUCGAUGGAUGGAAUUUGUCACUGUGUCCUCAUCGAGUAGAAGAAGGAUGAGAAUCAUUCAAACCAAAUGAAUCUCAAGUAAGGGAAGUAUCUAUGAGAAUACUACCCUACAAGCUACAAAUCUUCUAACGACGCAGCGACGUCAACAACAGCGGGUGCUCUUCAGCCUGUCUUCUCCGCAAGUGGCGCUACUGGAUGGGCACUAUUCUUCACACUCGGGUCAGCUUGUUCGUAUCUACGAACCUAUUGUCUCGAAGAAGUACGUCUUUGUUUCGAAACCAGACUUCGUGCUGCGGUUUUCGCAGAUCUAAUGCAGAGACCUAGCUAUGAGAGGACGAAAGCGCAAACACAACGUGCUCAAGGACAACAUUCUUCGGACAAAGAGAAGAGUAUGAAGAUGGUCGAUCAUGUAGGAGGAGAUACAGAAGCACCUGCAAAAGAAUCAUCUGCCACUUCCUCUUCGCCUCCUGAUGAAAUAUAUCAACAAAGUCCAACACCAACGUCAACUUGUUCUUCCGAGGAAGCGACCAAGCAAAGCGCGGUCUAUGAAAUGAGUCUACUGAACCAAGAUGUGGAUGUGCUGGCCGACUUUUACACCUUGAAAACGGGAAAUAUAUUGCGGUACUCAUCAUCCCUCUUCGGUGGAAGCUGUGCCGCCUUCUACAGCUGUGCUAUACUUGCGGCUUGGGGGUAUACGACCUAUGACUAUAUUAUCUAUCUAAUGGCUGAUGAGUUGAGAAAGUGGCUCGAUUAUACUAAGGAGCUAAAUAAACUAAAAGCACACUGAUGAAUUUUUUAAGUAACCUCCUACCUUCCAUUUAGCAGGAAGUUGGUAACUCCCCCACUGUGUUAGAGGUGUGCUGAAAAUCUUGACUGGCUCCUUCCUUUCUUAUAAGGAUGGGGCUUAGGUCCAGCGAUGCUUAAAGCACGAAAGUAAAGCAGCCGGUUAGUUUUCACCUCUAUCCUUAGGCUUAUCCCUUGAAACAAUUCGCUAUCUGAUGGACAUGGCGGUCGAGUUAUAAAAGUCAGGAAUAUACUUUUUGCUUGUUGUAGUUGGACCCUGCUCGGAGGCGAUCACCACGUCCCCCCGCACGUCCUCCGUGGGGCGCUUUGCCUACGUUCGUCUCGACACCUCGCGUGAAGAUUCAGCAACGGCGCCCUAAACCCUAAACGAAACCUAUCCUAUCCUAUCUCCUUGGUCGGUAAAAACAAGGCAAUACCUAAACCCUAUCCUAUCCUAUCUCCUUGGUCGGUAAAAACAAGGCAAUACCUAAACCCUAUCCUAUCCUAUCUCCUUGGUCGGUAAAAACAAGGCAAUACCUAAACCCUAUCCUAUCCUAUCUCCUUGGUCGGUAAAAACAAGGCAAUAUUUCCUCCACGAAUAUUUCCUCAGGAUUCCGAUCGUUUUCGGCCUGGGCUAUUUUGUUGCUAGGCGUAGUGGAUCUAGAUCCAAAAACAAAAUCCAAAAAAGAGAAGACGAUAACUUGUUGCUAGAGGAGCACGCGUUUGCUCGAAUCCAGGGUGCGGCAGUUAUCCGGUGUUUCGGAAGAGGAGAGUCGGAGACGAAAGAGUUUUCUCGACUCCUCGUAAAACGUUACCAGCAAGAGCGCGCAACGGGGAAGCGAAGAGCUCAAUUGAUGUUAUGUUUGAAGUUUCAUUUUUGAAGUUACAGAUAUAGAACUUUUAGUUUUAGUGUACCUGUAGUUGACCCUUCACCGCUUUCUAAUCCCCGGUGGAGUGGACUUGGUUUUGAAAUCGAGCCUGCUGGCAUUAGCCUCAGGAGGUUCCGUCUUGGUCCGUCGUGCACAGAUAACCGGAGGCCAAUUUGUGCAUUUUCUGUUGAGUGCUACGAUGGCCGGUCUAGGCUUCUACGGCCUUCUUGGAAUAAGCAAAGACUUGGAGUCGGCCAGAGCAGCAGCAAGCAGGCUCGCUUUUUUGCUGACUGAACCACGAGAACGAGAAGUGGAGGAGGAAUCCAUAAAACUACCUGCCGUGGACGAGGAUUUCCACGUAGUCGAUACUGUUGAUGCAACAGGAUGUGUACUAAAAGAAAGCACAACUACUACAGAAAUCUCGACAACCUGUUCCUUGAGUUCAUCGGUCGUAGCAGAGGAGGAGUACAACAGGGGUUCUGCAAGUGCAACAUCCUCAACGUCACCUCCGCAGCAGCUAGGUACAACUACAUCAGACAGGUGGACGAGGCGUCAGCAGUUUCCCAGAGCUUCCCAUCAUCGGAUACUAGUGCCGACUCCUGGGGACCCAAGUAGCUCAAAUACCCUGGUAGAAUUACGUGGAAUAGUGGUUGUGCACACCAAUAGAGCUUCAACCUCGCAGGGGAGCGCAACGGAUGGUAGUCGUAGUUGCACAAUGGAGAAAAGCCCACCAUCUUCGAGUUCUCCAAGACGGUUACGAAGAAAGUCUAAGUCAAAGUCUUAUAUCUUACUUUUUGCCCUUUGAUGUCGAGACAAGUGUCACCAAGCACCUUCGCAUCGUCCUUUUCAGAAGUCGUUUAAGUGAAAGCGUUUUUGAGCCAAAGAAGUUGGAUCGUCUAUUUUGAGACUUACUGAGUCGUUCUCAGCGACUACACGAGGAUGGCUCUUCUACUCUAAUCUAGAGAUGAGCAGGAGAGUCUCUGUACACCAUGCCUCUGCUCUAAUCAACAGAAGAGGUCCUCUGGAGCAAGAAUGCAGGUUGCUGUUUCCGGCGCCAGUGAGCCUGACAAUCAGCAAAGGCGAUAUUAUCGGCGUCUAUGGCCGAUCAGGAUGUGGAAAGAGUACGCUGAUUGAUGUACUCCUAGGUGAACGAGUACCGAACCAGGGACAUGUGUUCUUUCGUUCAACUGCAUCGACAGCAUCUGGAGGGAAUGGAAGUUAAUAUGAGAUACUAUCCUAUAAUCAAUCAAUGGAAGUUAAUAUGAGAUAUCCUAAUCAAUCAUUCAAUCUCUCUUAGAUCAUGCUGCAUCAACAGCAUCAUCUAGAGAGACUCUCUAGAUGCUCAAUGUGUCAUGUCAUGUUCUCAUUUCAAGUACAUACAUCUAGCUUCUCCUCAUUUUUCGUCUAAAAAAUCGAGAAGAAUGGCUUUCCAGAGUUACGAUACGUGCCCCAGCAACCGUCUGCUAUAGGCCGAAGCAUCUUCGAGAACUUGACGUUCGACUAUGA